CGGAUCAAAACUUGUCGUCAACACGCUCAGCCCGCUCGGAGAAGUGGGGCAGGACCUGAGUUCUCUCUUUUUUGCCCCACAAACGGACUACUUUUCUGCAUUAUACAACGGGUAAAGGACACACCGCCACCGCCAACAGCGGCACAGCAUCAACAGCAGCAGCACAGGCGCCGAGAUAAAGAAAGAUGCCGCUUCUUCACAAAAAGCCCUUCGUCCGACAGAAACCUCCUGCUGAUCUCAAGCCAGACGAAGAAGUUUUCCUUUGUAAAGUGACUCACGAGAUAUUCAGAACCUACGAUGAGUUCUUUGAGAGGACCAUCCUUUGUAACAGUUUGGUGUGGAGCUGUGCGGUGACAGGCAAGCCGGGUCUGACUUACCAGGAAGCCCUGGAGAGUGAGAAGAAAGCCAAGCUUAAUCUUCAGAACUUUCCUACUACAUUGAUGCUCCCCCUCUUGCACCUGACUGCUCUCACCCACCGUGCACGCCUGCAUGAGAUAUGCGAUGACAUCUAUGCUUUUGUGAAAGAGCGUUUCUUUCCUGGGGAGAUGGUGGAUCUUGUGAGUCGUUCCGGUGCCAGACAUCCCUACAAGAUCUUAGAGGUCAUUCCUCCUCAUUCCAAUGGGACAGUUAAUGGUCAUAUCAAACACCGGAUGGAGGGGGAUUCCAUUGUCAUCAGUGACAGUGAUGAUGAGAGCACAGUCACUUCACCCAAGACGCCCAGUGGCAGGAAGAAGCCCCUCAGUCCAUCCUCAUUUAAGUAUAAGAUUCAGCCUGUGAAGUCAGAAGACUGUGAACCUAUACUUGUAAAAGCUGCUCAAUUGUGUCGUAAGAAGAAUGUGUUUUCCCGAGACCGACUGAAACUGCUCCUUAAACAGCACUGUGAACUAAUGCAUGGGACCAUCAGACUCAAACCAUCAACAGUUGCAAAAUACAAGCUGUCAGAACAAAGUUUCUCUCAGUUCUUCCCAGAUGAGCCUCCAGUGUUUGCCUUCAGUCCUCCUAGCAAGGGCAGAGGUCGCCGCCCCAAUAUUACAUCUCCUGGGGAGAUGAGUUAUGUUGAAGGGGCAAACGUGAUGCGAGCUGCAGAAGAAAAGUUAAGACUGAUGCAACAAAAAGAAGAAAUGUUGGCAAUGGCACAUGAAAAAUCAAAAUUAAAGAGGGAGAGAGAGGAUAUACUGGAAGCCAAAAAGAAGGAAAAGGAGGACAAAGAAAGAAGGAAAGAAGAGCUCAAGAGAAUUGUUGAGGAGGAGAGACAGAAGAGAAAAGAAGAGAAGGAACGAAUGAAGGUGGAGAAAGAGAGGGAGCGAGAAAAGCUAAAGGAAGAGAAGAAGAAAUAUGCUGAACGGCUGAAGUUGUGGAGUAAACCUCGAGAGGACAUGGAGUGUGAUGAUCUCAGGGAACUGCCAAACCCACUGCCGGUGAAGACCCGUCUGCCUCCUGAUCUAUUUGGAGAUGCACUGAUGGUGCUGGAAUUCCUGAAGGCAUUUGGUGAUAUCUUUGACCUGAAGGAUGAGUUUCCUGAUGGUAUCACACUAGAGGUUCUGGAGGAAGCCCUGGUGGGCUGUGAUCCAGAGGGGCCACUGUGCGAGCUGCUCUUCUUCUUCCUGUCUGCCAUUUUUCAGGCACAGGCUGAGGAGCAGGAGGAGGUGGCGAAGGAGCAAGUGGCUGAAGCAGACACCAAAGAUCUGAGUGAGGCAUUGGAGGAUGAUGUUGACCCUACACAGUCUGCCAUCAGUGCUGUAGCUUCAUUGGCUGCUGCCUGGCCUCAGCUCCAUCAGGGCUGCAGUCUGAAACAGCUGGAUCUGGACAGCUGUACUCUCUCUGAGAUCCUAAGACUGCACAUUCUGGCUUCAGGGGCAGAAUGCAUCUCCACCAAUGCAAAAUUCCGCUACCAGAAGCAAGGGGGUUUUGCCUCAACAGAUGACCCCUGUGUGGAGCUGCGGCUCUCUAACCCUGGCCUGCUCAAGAAGCUCUCCUGCACUGCUGUUUAUGAUCUGCUGCCUGGUGAGAAACUGAAAAUCCUGCAUGCUCUGUGUGGGAAGCUGCUGACUCUGGUCUCCACAAGAGAUUUCAUUGAGGACUGUGCUGAUGAGCAGAGAGCAGCCAAGAUGGAGCUUCGUGAGAUCAAAGCAGAACAGCACCGCAGAGAGAGAGAGGAGGCUGCUAACAGAGUUCGAAAGAGAAAGGAGGAGAAGUUGCGAGAGCAAGAACUGAAACUAAAAGAAAAGCAUGAGAAACUCAAAGAAGAGGAAGCAAGGAAUGGCACACAUGUAGCAGGAGAGGAGAUGGACACUAGUACAGAGAGUCAGGAGGGUAAUGCUGACCAGCAGACAGAGGAUGAAGGGGAGCAUGUACAACAAGGCAGAUCUAAAAAAGCUAAGAGCAGCACUUCAAAAGAGAAGCAGACUAAUGAGGAGGAGGUGAAGGAUGGCCUGAGCCCAGAGGAGCUCCAACAGCAGCAGCUGAAGGAGAAGGAGCUUCUGGAGCGGAUCCAUAAAGCUGCAGCCUGCACUUACAUCCUUCCGCUGGGCCGUGACCGCCUCUACCGCCGCUACUGGCUGUUCCCUUCUGCCGGAGCACUUUUUGUUGAGGAUGACUUUUUCGGCCUAACUGAGGACAUGCUGCAGCCCCGUCCUGUUCCUGAACCCAAAACAGAAGAGCUCUCUUCUGUCCAGAGCCCUACUAAGACUGAAGAGCUGAUGGAAGAGCCCAGCCCAUGUCAGAGCAACUCUCCCCCUGUGAACCGGCCUAAUCAGUGGGCUUUCUACAGCACACCUGCUGAGCUGGAGCAGCUGAUUGAGUCUCUUAACCCGCGAGGACACCGCGAGAGCUCCCUCAAAGAGGCUCUAGUGCAGGAGAAAGAACGCAUCGUUCAAAUGCUCAGCAGUAGUGCGGCAGAGCGCUACCACCAAACAGAUAAAGUACUGACAGAGGCCAAAGGUAGCACUGUGAAGUCUAAAAAUGGACCCCCUGCCCCAGAAAGCACUGCACCUGCUGAUCACCACAUGGAGAAUCGUCUAAGGGAUCUGCUGUUGGACAUUGAGGACCGCAUUUAUCAGGGAACUCUGGGUGCAGUAAAGACGAUGGAGAGAAGUGCCUGGAGAGCAGCACUGGAAAGUGGCAACUAUGAACUACUGGUUUCUGAGGCUAAGGAGAACGGAGUACUCAGUGGUGAGGAGGAGGCCAUGGAAAUAGACGAGAGCCACAUCAGAGUCAAAGACAGGCUGCAGGAGUUAAAGAGUGAAAGCCAGAGUGCAGCCUCCACCAGUGCCAGCACACCCCAGCCUGUCAACAACAAUGUGCACUACCUCGCACAAGCCCUGGCUCAGAUAGAGCAGGGCAUUGAACGCAAAUUCCUCAAAGCUCCACUUGGUGACGAGGACAGCAAAAAAGACCAAAAAAUGAAGAAAAAAGAGAAGAAGAAAGAUGAUGACCAGUCCAGUGAGAAGGAUGAUGGCAGUGACUGUGGGCGGCAGGUGAAGACCGUGCUGGAGCGCUGGAGGGAAUCUCUCCUUGGCUGCUCCAGCCUCUCACAGAUUUUCAUGCAUCUGUCCACCCUGGAACGCAGUGUGGUUUGGGCCAAGUCAAUCCUGAAUGCCCGCUGCAAGGUGUGCCGCAGGAAGGGAGAUGCGGAGAACAUGCUGUUGUGUGAUGGUUGUGACAGGGGCCAUCAUAUCUAUUGUGUGCGUCCUAAACUGAAGGCUGUUCCCACUGAAGACUGGUUCUGCCCAGAGUGCCGUCCCAAACAACGUUCUCACCGCAUAAACUCUCGCCAGCGGUCCUCCAUUGACUCUGAAGAGGAGCUAGAAGAAGAUGAAGAGUCUGAAGAAGAGGAAGAAGAGUCUGAGGAAGAGGAAGAGGAGGAGGAGUCUGAAGAAGAGGAGGAGGAGGAAGAGCAAGAGAAAGAAAGUGUUUCUAAGAAGACCGCUGUGAAGCUUCCCCUACAGACCACUAAAGGUAGUAAGUCAAGUAGUAAAUCCAAACAAGCUGAAUCAAAUCAUUCCACACCUCGCAGCCAGCAGAACACACCCAAGCAGAGCCUCUCUGCCAGUAAAGGCUCCAAAAGCUCAGGGAAGAAGGCCACCCCAGUGUCUAAUGGCAGACCACCUCCUCGGGCUGGUAACCGCUCUAGUGCCCGUCUUAGCCUGGAGGUACUGAGCACCGGUGAUACCUCGGCUAAAGCAAAUACUCAGGCCAGCCCUGCUGCAGCCCAUACAGACUCCAGGAAAAGACCCAGCUCUGCAGAGGUCUCCCCAAAAUCCAAGGUGGUCCUGGCCCCAAACAACAACUCAAGUCGUCGCAGCUCAGGCAGAAAUCUUGGCGUCCAUGAGCUGUCAGCAUGUGAACAGCUCACUGUGGACUUGGUCAGACAUGAGGAUAGCUGGCCCUUCAUGAAACUCGUGUCCAGGACUCAGGUACCGGAUUACUAUGAUAUCAUCAAGAAGCCCAUUGCUUUGAGUACAAUCAGGGAAAAGGUGAACAACUGUGAAUACCAAACUGCAUCGGAGUAUAUAGCAGAUGUGGAGCUGAUGUUUUCCAACUGCCUUGAGUACAACCCUCGUAACACCAAUGAAGCAAAGGCUGGCCUCAGACUUCAAUCCUUCUUCCACUCUGAGUUGCAGAGGCUUGGCCUGGCUGACCGUAUGACCCCUCCACAAAAGCGACCCAGGCUGUAAACUAGCACUUCUUUCUCAUUUUCACCAGCAGACUGAUGGGCACAACAGUUUUUAAAUAAGACGUUCUGUUAAACAUCCACAUAACAAGAGGAUGAAACACGUUUCUAAAACUAUAUAGUAAUGCAAAAAAGCAUUUGUUGUCUAAGGUGAUCCAGGACAAACCUGUGCUGUGAAAAAUAUUUGCACUGUUUCUUGAAAAGUCCUUUCCAUCCACAUUGACUCAGGACAAGAAGAACAUUGUUUUUGAAAAUACUUUCUAAAUGGUGCAUUUGUAUUUUAUACCUUUGCUGCAUUUCUAGACUACUGUUUGUAUAGAUUUUCCCAACAUUAAAUCUUUGUUGCAUUGUAAAGUCUUGCAAAAUAGCUUUUUUCUUGUGUAGUUGUGAAUAGUAAAAUAACUAAAAAUACCUUGUCGGGUCCCUAUAGCUUGGUUAAACACUACAUAGGAACCAAAACCUGCUUCUUUCUUUUCUGAAUACUUUUCCAUGUGACUAAUUAGUUAUUUAUUUUAGUUUUGGAUAUAAUUUGAAAAUUGACAACUUGCUUUAUUUAUGAACAGUGUUCUUUUGUUUUUAUAGGCUGUGUUUGUAUACCUUGUUUGUUUUUUGUAAUGUAUUACCAGCAUUGGAUUCCAAACAGUAGAAACCUGGGUAAGAGGGGGUUCCUUGUUCAGACUCUUAAGCUUAUUUCCGAGCAAUUGUGUACAUUUUCCUUUAUGAAUCAAUAAAUUGACUUUGUUAAUAUUUUGUUUGUUGCAACGAC